UUUCUCUUCGAACCUGUUUGUUACUUGUCUCAUCACAUGAUCGGAAGUUACGUAUUUCUACGUUCUUUGCCCUUCUGGUCAAGGUCGGGUGUCUACUGCUGCUGUUGUUGCCUUGUAGACUGAGUUGAACAUGGCAGAAGGAGGUAAGGAGGCUUUUGUGACCUUAGCAACAAAUGAUACCUAUGUAUUGGGAUGUUUGGUCCUUGGAGAAUCCUUACGGAGAACCAAAACUCAAAGAAAGUUAGUUGUGCUCAUUACAAAAGGUGUAUCUGAGAGUCUCAGAAAAAAUCUUUAUGAUGUUUUUGAUGAAGUUUGUGAAGUUGACAUAAUUUCUAGUCAUGACUACAAAAAUCUUCAACUCCUUGGUAGGCCUGAUCUCAAUGUAACGUUCACAAAACUUUACUGUUGGAAAUUAACACAGUACUCGAAAUGUGUGUUUUUAGAUGCUGACACUUUGGUUCUUGAUAGUGUGGAUGAGCUUUUUGAAAAGGAGGAACUUUCUGCUGCUCCUGAUCCAGGAUGGCCUGAUUGUUUCAAUUCUGGUGUUUUUGUAAUGCAACCAAAUGAAGAAACAUAUAAGUCAUUGAUUCAGUUUGCUAAGACUGAAGGCUCGUUUGAUGGUGGUGACCAAGGAUUAUUGAAUUUAUUCUUUAAGGAUUGGGCUACAAAAGAUAUUAAGAAGCAUCUGCCAUUUGUUUAUAAUGUUGUUUCUCAAGCAUUUUACAGUUACUUACCAGCAUUUAAGCAGUUCAAGCAAAACGUAAAGAUUGUACAUUUUCUUGGCGCUAUCAAACCUUGGCAACACUGUUAUAAUGCUAAAACAAAGACAGUAACCCCACUGCCUAAUUCUGGUCAUGAUCCAGAUUUCCUCCAGCGAUGGUGGAACAUUUUCAUGGAGUCUGUUCAUCCUGUAAUUGAUCAUGGGAAAUCACAAGAAUUAAAGGAUUUUAAUUUGUCAACUGCCCCUCCCUCUUUUCUUCCUUCUUCUCCUUCUCCUCCCCCACUUUCUAGGAUUGCUCUUACUGGUCCAAUCAUUGGUGCAGAUUUAAGCUGUCAAGGACAAAGAGCAGCAAUGGAUGAAUUUGAAAAACGUAUGGCAUGGGAGCAUGGUGAGAUUGACUAUAUGGGGCAAGAUAGUUUUGAUAACAUCCAACGGAAACUUGAUUUGAAUUUAAAUCAAAAUCAGUCGGGCAGCAUGUGAAUGAUUUAUACUCAAGUCAAGUGAAAAAAAAGAAAAAAAGAAAAAAACGUUCAAAACUUGUUUUGAAUAAGCUACAUAUAUUGAAACUGCUCCAAAGCUAUUAAAUCAACUAACAAACUACUUGAACUGCUAUGCACUUCAUUACAUAUUUUUUUCUUACUUCUGUGUAAUGACCCAAUCUAUUAAUUUGACUGCUCCAUAUUGUGACUGACACAAUGUUACUUUGGCUUUUACAUUAUUUCCUUAAAAAUUUUGAGCAAUUUCCCUGCUUUGUCAUAAGAUAUAUUUAAAAAGUUUGUUAUUAAAUAACUUUGUAAGUAUCCUAGACUUGAGAUAUUAGUUUUUAAACUUUUACAUUAUUUUCCUUCUGGUUCAAAAGUCUUUUAUCUUUAAGUGAUAUAGAUUAAUUUUCAAGAAUCUGUUAUUAGAAUAGCAUUCUCUGUCCCCUUAGGUGCCUAAUUUUUCUGCAAGAUUUUAGUGCAUCAUACACAUUAUUCAUCAAUUGAGUUUCUGUACUUUUUACUCUGCCAUCUGAUGAAAAUUAUUUGCUAAUUUAUCUAAAGUUGCUUUCCAUUUUUGAAGAGAACAAUUGAAUUCUUCUUUCCUCUUAUUGGCUGUCUCUUGGUGCUGAUCAUUAAGAACAAUAACUCUGUAUAAUACAGCCACUUCACUAUAUAGGGUUGCAUUAAAUAUAUUAAACACCAGUUUUAUCCUAAAUGGUAGUUUAUAAAUUUAAGUGUUCAACUCAAUAGUCUGGUUGUAUCUAACUUCAAGCAGUUUCAUAGUACCUCAGAGGUUGACAGUAUUUUUUCUCCUUUAGAAAAUCAUUAACUUAGAAAAAUUGUUUUUGUUUGUGACUUUUGCAUUUGAGUUUUAACUCCUUAUUUUUAAUAAGGAAGACCAGACAUUGAUAAUUUUGACAAUUUCUUGUUCUGUCAUAAAAUCUGUGCUUCUGAAUUCCACUUAGAAGCUUGGGAUUAGUUUAGAGAAUUGGUAUAAGCUUUGUUGGUAAAUUGCUCGGUCUUGCCAUGUUCUGCUGUCAGUAACUGCAGCUCAUUAGCUGAGGUAAUAAUCACAGCAAUUUCAUUGUUUCAUCAAGAAAUGACAAUGUGACUGAUGGGAAGUGGCUGUCACAAUUAUUAGUGUCUCUCCAAUUAUGAUAUCCUGGAUAAAAUGGAAUGUGUCUGUAAUUUCAUUUGCAGUCCACGGUUGAGGUUAUAAGAAGCCAAACUAUUUAUUGCAUGCUGUCAAUUGUAAUGACAAGAUUGAUACUACAAUACUGUAAAGAUUUUAAGAAAUAAAAUCUAUAACUGUUUUCUCUUCUUGACAUCUGUACCAAAAUGGGUAAUUUUCAAGAUUGUGCUGGAUUCAUGGUAUGAUCACCUGAACAAAGCAUUAAAAGUUUGAUGUUUGAAUUAGCAUUUUAAGUGAUAUAUGUAUAUAAUAUGACUCUUUGAUAAUUUUGUGAUUGAAAUAGUCUUAAUUAAAUAAAAUAUAUUUGGCAGCA